UUCCUGGUUACGGGGUCGGGCAAAGGGCAAAGGUCAGCCUCCGGGGUGGAGAGCGCCUGUUUUGGGCCAUGGCCGCAUCUGGGGAACCCGGCCGGCAGUGGCAGGAGGAGGUGGCCGCGGUGGUAGUGGUGGGCUCCUGCAUGACCGACCUGGUCAGUCUUACUUCUCGUUUGCCCAAAACUGGAGAAACCAUCCAUGGACAUAAGUUUUUCAUUGGCUUCGGAGGGAAAGGUGCCAACCAGUGUGUCCAAGCUGCCAGGCUUGGAGCAAAAACAUCCAUGGUAUGCAAGGUUGGCAAAGAUUCUUUUGGCAAUGAUUAUAUAGAAAACUUAAAACAGAACGAUAUUUCUACAGAAUUUGCAUAUCAGACUCAAGAUGCUGCUACAGGAACUGCGUCUAUAAUUGUCAAUAACGAAGGCCAGAACAUCAUUGUUAUAGUGGCUGGAGCCAAUUUACUUUUGAAUACCGAAGACCUGAAGAAAGCAGCCAGGACCAUUAGCAGAGCCAAAGUAAUGAUCUGCCAGUUAGAAAUAACUCCAGAAACGUCUUUGGAAGCCCUGAUGAUGGCCCACAGCAAUGGAGUGAAAACAUUGUUCAACCCAGCUCCGGCGGUUGCUGACCUGGACCCUCGCUUCUACACCCUCUCAGAUGUGUUCUGCUGCAACGAAACUGAGGCUGAGAUCCUAACUGGCCUGAAGGUCCACAGCCCUGCAGACGCCUCGCGGGCCGCUCAGUUGCUCAAGGGAAGGGGCUGCCGCGUGGUCAUCGUCACCUUAGGCGCUGAAGGGUGUGUGACGCUGUCAGAGACAGAACCCACACCAAAGCACAUUCCCACCGAGAAAGUCAAGGCUGUGGAUACCACGGGUGCUGGUGACAGUUUCGUGGGCGCUUUGGCCUUCUACCUGGCUUACUACCCAAAUCUGCCCUUGGAAGAAAUGCUCAAGAGAUCCAAUUCCAUCGCGGCUGUCAGUGUCCAGUCUGCAGGAACACAGUCAUCUUAUCCAUACAAAAAAGACCUGCCACUCGAUCUGUUUUGAUUGCUACUAACCCUAAAAUAAAUGUACCUGGAAAUAAAAUGGACUGGGGAGAGGGAGGUGGCCUCUUUCAGCCGGCAGCUUACUAUAAAA